AUUAUAAUUGAAAUAACAAAAAUGCUAACAAAGUUGGUUAGUUUGGGUAAGAUCAACUCAAUUUGCUUCAGAUCAGUAUAUUAAUACAAUGUAUUUGGUGCUCCUUAUGAAGGAUUAGAUCCAUCAAAACAUAUCUACAUGAAUAAAGGACUCUAAAAUUGUAUUAUAUUAAUUUAAGUUAUAUAGAAUAUGAUGAUUUCUUUAGAUUGGGAGAUUAUCCAUAUGUAAAUGAUUAUCCUGUAAUGAUUGAUUCCCAAUAAUAUGUACCAUAAAUUGCAUAAUUGGUUGAAUCUCACGUUAAAUAGAAAUUCGUAAGAUUUGUUAUCUAUUAGAGUAAAAUGCAACAUUUACUGCUAAUGAGUAUGAUAAUGGUGAUGUCUGGGCAGCCACUUGGGAAGAGCUUGGAGUAAAUAAUUUCAAAGUAUUGACCCCAAACAUUUUAUUAAGACUUUCUGAAUGUAAUUACAAUCAAAUUAUAUUAUUUUAGCCAUUGUUGUUAAAGAAUCUAAAUGGACAUGGACUAAAGAACAAAGAUAUAGAUUACAUGUGACUUAAAUUGUUCUUGGACCAUAAGAUUAUACUCAUAUGCCUACUUAUUAUUUUAUCAAUGAUUACAAUUAACUUCUUUGGAUGUUAGCAAGAUAAUCCAAUAAUUGGACUUCUCCUGCUAUUAGGGGAGUACAAAAUCCAUUAGAGAAAUAACUAACCCAGGAUUUAUAACCUAAACCUAAGAUUUAAUCAUUGUUCAGAGACAGACCUGAAAAUAAUACAUUCUUAAAUAGGUUAUUAAAAGCAGUUCAUCAAUGAAUAUCAAUAAAAUAAAGCAUAU